AUGGGAGCAGCAACUUCCAUCACUUCAGGCGGAUGGUUCUUCGCUGAAGCUGUGGAUGUUGUACUGGUGCUGAACGAUGCUCGCAACAUCGCUUUGCUGGAGCGAGAGGAGCUAAGUGCCUUAGUCCAUCUGAAUCCAGAUGACUCUGGGCGCUUCAUUCUCACCAGGGAGAGUCCUGCGAGUUUGUCACUGACGUCAACGAAGAUCGUUGUGAUUGAAUUCCAAGGCAUCAUUCAGGGGCAACAGGACAGCGCCCGGUGCCUUGGCGAGGUGAUUUUGCCUGUGCACCACAUCGCACGGCAGUGUGCUGGCAGCCUCUACCAAGUCUGGCUGCCACUCCAGCCGGCCUCGGCGUUGUUGCGAGAGGAUGACCACAUCGAUCACUUUGAGAAGGCACUGCUGAAAUCAGCUCGAGACCCUCGAAGACCGAUGGUUUGUCUCAGCCUCUAUGCUGGCAGCAUUCCGCAGGCCAGCAGGAACUACCUCUUCGACGCGUCGGAGAAGGAAAAGGCUGCACGAGUUUUGGGUUUGAUGCAGUCCUAUAGCCAGCAUGCACGAAUGCUGCAGGCCUUGUACAGAGAGGUGCGGAGCAGCCAGGCCUCUGCACAACUGGACACCUCCGGACUGGCCGACUCGUGGCCGUCUCGGCGUCCCGAGAUGGGCUCGCCGGUGGCUGAGUUCAGUCCAGAGGCAAGCAGAGAUGCUGACAAGGCAGACGCCUCGCCCACAGAUGUGAGGGCAGCGGUGAGAGAGGAGAUCAGGGAAACCCAAGCAGAGGCGGAUGAACGUCUCCGCAAGGCGGACAAGACGAUCCAAGCCUUAAGAGGAAUGAUCAACGACAAGCAGGUGGAGUUGAUCCAGAGGAGAAAGGAGGUCUCCCGCCUGAAACAUGAGGCGGAGUCACUGCAGCUCGAGAACGAGAAGCUCGAGGUGCAAUUGUCUCGGUCCUCUCUCCGUGGUGUCACAGCAGCCGACUCGGUCGAGGCGGCAAACCUUGAAAAAGAAGCAGAAGAAUUGAAGACUCAGAAAGAGGCCCCAUUUGGCCAAGCACUGGCGUGCCUUUAUUCGGCCACCUGUGUCUACUUGCAAUGGGCUGAUGCUGCAGAAGGUGAUGUGGCUACGACCAUCAGAGAGCCAUCUUCAGUAGCUUUGGAUGAUCCUUUGCACAGACUUCUGAAGAGGUCCAAACUGGCUGAAUCUCUGGAAGGUUUGAGCUGGGCGCCUGAAGUUUGGGUCGACCUGCUCACAGACUGUGUGGUCAUCUCACUGCUGAUUUGGCUGGUGCGCAUCAAUGACCUGCGAAGCUGGACCCACCUGGCGCUGGUCGCCACGGUCUUGGCGAUGUUGAAGGGCUUGCUGGCGUGGUGCACGGUGCUGCCGGAUGCGACCGGAUGGAUGGGAUGUCAGAGACGCUUAGGGCCUCAUGGCUUGAUGUACUUCCGUGAGCAGAACAGUGGAGCCCUGGGAUCCGUGAAUUCGAUUUUGGACAUCUUUCUCCUCACUGUGCAAAGCCUUUGGUUGCUGGGACGUGCAGCGCCACAGCAAUUGUGUGCUGAUACAGUCUUUUGCUGCUCCACCAGCACAACUGUACUGGUGUGCCUGGGUGCCUAUGAUGCCGUGGCCCAAAGCGUCGCAUCCGAGUUAAGACGCGAACGGCGUGCGGCGAUCCUGGCGCUCACCGGGUUCAUUCUGUGGGCCAUUCUGAUGGCCGACGUAACGUUGGCCGUCGGAAGCAAGCUGCACUACAGCCUUGACGUCUUCAUGGCCAUUCCGCUGACCUUUCUAAUCUAUGGAAAUCCUGCGAUCGCCGUUUGUGCGAGUGACUGGGCGGGGGACGCUGAAAACCAGCGACCAGUCUCCAUGGACGGCUUUCGACUGGAACCUGAUCUGGGCAACAUAUCCAUUGAGCCUUGCUGCCUCCCUUUUGGCGAUUUGGCAGGUCAAUACUUCCUGCAAAGACAGUCAUUGCAGUCCAGGUUCCUCUGGACUGAAGAGCAACAGCGUGCUCUUCGGCGGAAGAGGAUGGAGAUGAGUGGAAAGGUGGAGGCGAACAAGAGGCGAGCGCAGUCCCUGGCCGAGACCACGGCAUCGCUCCGCGCGUCCGAAGAGCGCUGCAAGGCACAGCGUGAGGAGGAGCUUCAACACCGGUUGCAAGAAGAGCAGGAACUGCAGGAGAAGCAGCUAUUUGAGCUGAAGGAAAGACUGGAUGAGACCAAGAAGGCCAUAGCUCUUCUCCAGCCUGAAUGA